GGAAGUUCUUUGUCCUUUUAAUAAAUUUUAUGGUAAGUCCAAAAUUAUAUUAAAAUAAAAAUUAUAAAGCAAAAAAAAUGAGGCCAGAAAUUAAAUGCUGUCUAAAUUCCAGGUGAGUCUGAGUGAUUAACUUGUAAGACAAAAAUUAAACAAUAUUUUUUCUUGCUUUUUUAUCCUAAUUAGGGAAAACACACCAUUGAUCAUGAAUUCAAAAGCUCUUCUGAGAUGGUCCAGGUGUCCAUUCUUCCUGCUGACAAAUGUCUCCUGUAGUAUUUUUAGCUUCAGAUGGGUGAGAAAUGUAGUGAAAGGGAAACCUGAAAUUAGUUACCCUAAAGCAGAACUCCCGAGGAAGAGGAUCACUUGUGAAUGAGAGUAUAUACCAUAAGCUAUCAUUCACUGCUCUUGGCGUUGGAAGAAAAGAUUCUGGUUUAAAUUCCUGGCUGAAGAGGCAACAUAAUAUAGCACAGUGGUUCCCAAACUUUCCUCCACGUUGGAAUUACCUGGGGACUUUAAAAAGUACUGAUGCCAGGGUUCCUCUUUCCCUGCCCGACUUUCUAAUUUACUUGCUGUGGGGUAUCACCUGGGAUUUUUUUUUAAGUUCCUGAGGUGAUUCUAAUGUGCAGCAAACUCAGAAAGCACUGGUGUAGAGGUGAAAGUGUGUUGAAUGGACUUUGGUUCAAAUUUGGACUCCAGAUUUUACCAGUUGGAUAAAUCUUGGGCAAAAUGCAUUAUUUCUCAGAUCCUUGGUUUCCUUAGCUGUAAAGUAGGAAUGGGAACAUCUUUAUUGCAGAGUCGUUGGCAGCACAAUGACAAUAUAUGCAGAACACUUAGCACAGUGCCUAGCACGCAGUAGACACUCAAUACAUGGUGUUAUUUAUUUUUGUUAUUUUAAUUUUCUAUUUUUCCAUUUAUAAAUAGAUAAAUAUUCCACAAACAAUUUCUUAAAGAGGAAUAAUUAGAAAUCAACUUAUGUGUGCUGCUGGGGUGUGUAUAAUGCAGUUACGAGUUGGGAUUCUCUUUGUUCUGAAGUUGAAGUCUCUUGCUAGAAGUGUCCAGGUACAGGAAGACAUAGCAGUGAGGACCCAGGUUACCACACGUUCUUGGUAUUAUUAUCUCUCAAAUCUCAACAGAGAAUGACAGAUGUCAUAUUGUCCUUGCACUUUUUUUUAGUUCAUUGAUUGAAUGUAUUAAAUUAGGUCAUCACAUUCAUAAAGAUGAAAUCAAUUGUAUUUGUUGAGAUAACUAAACUAUUGGCUUCGUACUGUGGAUCCAUUUCUCCUUUUCCUUCCUAAUUCUUACUUUAUUCAUGUUUCCUUUCCCACUCAGCCAAUUGCCACAGGUAGAGCUGACACCUUCCCAAGAUCCAGGUGGUCUCUGAGGCCUACAGGCGAUCCCAUUCCUGUUUGCAGUGCUUAGCUCAGGGUACACACGUGAGCCACUUCUGGCCAUGGGAUGUGAAGGCAUGCUUGCUGGGGGCUUUUGGGAAGUUCCUUUUCUCUUAAGAGAAAAAUCAUAAGAAACGGAGUUCUCUCUUUUCUCUCUAGAUGUUAUCCCUGGAAUCACUCUAGCCAUCUUACUAGAGCCUGAUGUUCAAUCGGGCAUUGAGAAUUGAAGUGCAGAGUGAUGAGAAAAAUCUAGGUCCUUGAUACCAACAUUCAACUCCUGAGUCAAUAAAUUCUGAAGCCUCCUUUAUGUCUGGAUGACAAAUUUGUGAGCUGAUACACUUUUUUAUUGAUUAAAGUAGUGGAGGUUCAUUUCUAUUAUCUGCAGCUAAAAGCCUCCUGGUAUAAAUGCUUUGUGUUAUCCUUUCAGUUAUUCUACAUUUCACCAUCACUUUCAAAGCAGUAAUAUUAUACAUUUCUAAUUUGCAUAACUUACUACAGUUUUCAAUUUUUUUUACUCUAGUUAACACAAAGUCCUUGAAGUGAAUAUCGUCUUUAUCAUUAUUUUAUUUUAGUAAUAAGAAACUGAGGCUCAGAAAGCUUAGGUAACACAGUAGGAAAUGAUGAAACUGAAACAAGAAAUCAUGUCUAUUUGAUCAUUUUUUUCCUGUAAAGACAGUCAUUAAUGCUCUUCACCAAAUGUUUUCAUUUCUUCUGACACAUGCCAAGAUUGCACUUCCCCAUCCUUUUGAAGUCACUUGCGGCCAUGAUAAUUGCCCUGGCCCAAUGAGAUGUGAACAGAUAAGACACAUUUUACUUCUGGGCCAAAGCUUCAAGAACCAGUGCAUAUUUUGUUGUCUUCUCUCUAAUGCAGAUAACAGAAGUCCCAUGAGCCUGGGUCCCACAAAGAGACAUGGAGUGUUAGCAUCCAGCAAUGUCGUCAUAAAUUUGUAGUGGCAAUUAACAAUACACAUUUGUUGUUAUAAACUACUAAGUUUUGGUUAUAAACCACUAAGCAUAACCUAGCCAUUGCUGACUGAUAAAUUCAUAAAAUGGCUAUAUCACUUUCUGUGUUAAGUGGCAAUAAUUUAACUCAGUUCUCUAUUAGAUACCUCAAUUCUAAAUAUUUUUUUUCUGAGAAAUGUACGUAAAUUUUAUCCAGAAAUAGUAAAGUUUUAAAAAUGUUAUUUCGAUAGUUUUUGUGGAACAGGUGGUUUUUGGUUACAUGGGGAAGUUCUUCAGUGGUGGGUUCUGAGAUUCUGGUGCACUCAUCACCCAAGCAGUGCACACUGUACCCAAUGUGUAGUCUUAUCCUUCACCCCUCGAGUCCCCAAAGUCCACUUCAUUAUCCAGUGGAAAAAUACCACAUAUACCCAGAAAAAGACUGUGAAUAUAUUGAUUGCUUUCUUUUCUCAGACAUGAUAAAAGCAUACAUUUUGAACUAAUGAAGACUGAAAAUCUUUGCUCUGAGUUUUUCUUUUGCAACUUUCUUAAGACUGUAACUGGUAUAUUUGGCAAUAAAACUUCUGUUAUCAUUUAGGUUGCUUCAUGAUGCAAGUAAAAGAAAACUGGACUUAAAUAAGAAAAGGUUUUUUUUUUUUUUUUUUUUUUUUUUGGUUAACAGGUCUCAAGUGGGGCUGGCUUUGAGCAAGUCUUGAUCCCAGGGGUUCCUUGUGUCAUUGUAACCACCCAACGGGUUCAUCUUGCCCGCUGCCCAGACACAGUGGAUUUAUCAAGACAAAGGAAUUGCAAUAAAGAGUUUAAUUCACACAGAGCUGGCUAAAUAGGAGACCAGAGUUUUAUUAUUACUUAAAGCAGUCUCCUGAAAAUUCAGAGACUGGGAUUUUUAAAGGAUAAUUUGGGGAGUAGGAGACCAGAGAGUGGGGAGAAUUGAUAGCUCUGGUGUGACAUGAAAUCAUAGGGAGUUGAAACUGCCCUCUUGCACUGAGUCAGUUCUUGGGUGGGGGCUACAGGACUAGAUGAGCCAGUUGAUCCAUCUGAGUGGUGCCAGCUGAUCCAUGAGUGCGGGGUCUGAAAAACAUCUUAAGCACCAAUCUUGGGUUUUACAAUAGUGAUGUUAUCCUUAGGAACAAUUGGGGAGGUUUAGAAUCUUGUGGCCUCUAGCUGCAUGACUCCUAAACCGUAAUUUCUAAUCUUGUGGCUAAUUUGUUAGCCCUAAAAAGGCAGUCUAGUCCCCAGGCCAGAAAGGGGUUUUCAGAAUGAGCUGUUAUCAUCUUUGUUUCCAAGUUACACUAUAAACUAAGUUCCUCCCAGAGUUAGUUCUGCCUAUGCCCAGGAAUGAACAAGGACAGCCUGGAGUUUAGAAGCAAGAUGGAGUUGGUUAGGUCAGAUCUCUUUCACUGUCAUAAUUUUCUCAGAUGUAAUUUUUGCAAAGGUGGUUUCAUCACUAGGACUCUCUGUCUUCACUAAAAGUCCGUGUUGUCCAUGUCAAGCAUUAUUCAUUCAAAAAUAAAGAGAGGAAGAAAAAAAAGACUUCCCUUUUUCCAUAGAAUCAGAAAAUUAGUCUUGAAUGAGAUCCAUGGAAUCUCUCAGUUGGAAAUGAGGUCAAACUGACUUCCUUAAAGUCCUGUCUUAGUAACUCAAAAUACUCAACUUAAAAUAGAACUGAAACAUAAACUUAGAUUUUACUUCACUGCUCAGGGGAGGAACAUAAAUAUUAACUAAACCCCCAAGGUAAGAAAGGCAGCAAGAUAAAUCACGCAAAGAUCACAGAAUGCCCAAUCCAUAUACAGAAUUGUGCUAUUGUCACUGUCAAGAAAUUUAUCACCUUGUCAUACAAGACCAACGCUGUUGAAAUAGCUAUUAAAACACUGUAGGAAGUACUAAAUUUUCAAAUAAAUUUUAAAUUUCAAGUGAACUCUUUGAAGGCAGAACCCAGUUUUAUCUUUUAUAUAACAGUCACCCAAUAAAUGUUGGUUAAUGGAAUAAAAAUAACAUUUGCAGCUGGUCACUCGUUGUGAGGAAAUUGUUUUCCACAUUUUUCUCUAGAAUUUUUAAUUAACUAUUACUAUUAAACUGAGUCUACAUGAUAGAUGGAAAAGCUUGACUCUGGAGUUUAAGGUUGAGUUCCACUUUUACUAGCUGUGUGAUCUUGGAACAGUUUAUUAGUCUUCUAAAUUACUGUUCCUUACUGUGGAUAAGAGAAUUCAUGUGGAUUACAAUCAGAAUUAAACCAGAUAAUGUCUACGAAAAGUUUUCUAUGAACUAUUUAAAAAGGUAAGGAAUUAUCACUUGAAUGUAUUCUGAUUUAAACUGAAUUGUGUUGGAAUUGGCCUUGAGUGAUGAUUUGGUCUAGAAAGCCUAUCUUCAGAACAUUACAAAAAAAAAAAAAAAUCCAAUUACUUAAAAUGAUUUUUUUGAGAUGGAAUCUCGCUCUGUCGCCCAGGCUGGAGUGCAGUGGCGCAAUCUCGGCUCACUGCAGCCUCUGCCACUGGGUUCAAGCUAUUCUCCCGCCUCAGCCUCCAAGUAGCUGGAAUUACAGGCUUGCACCACCAUGCCCGGCUAAUUUUUAAAUUUUUAGUAGAGACGGGGUUUCACCAUGUUGGCCAGGCUGGUCUCAAAAUCCUAGCCUCAAGCAAUCCACCGACUCGGCCUCUCAAGGUAUUGGGAUUACAGGCGUGAGCCACCCCGCCUGGCCAAUGAUCUUCCUAAAUAGAAAUCUGAUCAUAUAACUUCCCAUUACAGAGUCUAACCCUAACCCUGUGCCUACAACAUAGUCAAAACUCUUUAGCAAGGCAGAUGACCUCAAGCAGGAUUUCACUACGUCUUUGUCACAGCAGCGCUUAACAAGCUGUGAUGUAUUUAUUCGUCUACACAGGUCCUCCCUACUAGAUUCUGAGUUUCAGAAGAAAGGCCUCUAACUCGAGGUUCAUGAAUGGACCUGCACAAGGGGGCGUAGGGGCUGUUAACCACCACAUCCUGAAGUCCUGCCUUUUUUUUUUUUCCAAAAAAGCCCGUGUGCUGUGCCGUUAACGUUCACAAAAAAGUCCUUGUCGAACGUUUUAAACAGCCAAGGUGUUUCAGCUUUAAUAAAAGCUGAAAGUUUGGCAAUACCAAACAGGUCACUAAGCCACAUUCCGCUUCUUGGCCUCCUCUUUGGUAUCAGAGUUCUGCUGGCGGCUUCCUGUGGCCUCUGAAACAAGGACCUCAUUUUGGGAGCCGUUCGAUUUUUCUCAUCAUCUAAAGUAGCAUUCUCGCCUUGCACAGCUGAAAGUCAUUUCUCCAAAUCGGAGCGCCAGAAGCGACAGGAGCCACUCCAGGCCCCGGAGAAGCGACCAGAGGGGCAGCGGGCUGCGUUUGCCAACAUAGGCCUCUCGGGUCCCGCGCCGUUCUGGGCCUUCUCCGUGUUUCCGGCGCCGCCCUCGGGGUCCCUUACAGAGGGCGGGAGGCGGGUGGAGAGACGGGGCAGGAAGCAGGCGGGAUCGGCCCGGGAAGAACCCGUUCUGGGACCCUCUAGAAAUCCCAGACGCCCCUCCCGGGCUGACAGCGCCUGCCUUAGAGCCCGACGCGCUCAUCGAAUUUAGAUUGACUCCUUCGGCUCUCCGUUUUCCUUCUCUAAGGGAAGGGUGGGACUUCCUAUUUUAUCUCUGAGCGGCUUCCGGCAAAAGCUGAUGUGUUAAACACAAGCGAGCACAUGGGCCUGCCGGCCACUCGGAUAAAAAACAACGAACUCGACCUGGAUUUUACUAAACCAGUUCCAAGAUUCUGUUUUUCGGCUGUGGCGUCCGGCGCUGCAUCCACUACGGAGUCGCCCUGGAAGCCACCGGAAGUCCUUCAACGGAGAAACAGGAUGUCCCGCCUCUUCCUCCCAAAGGGAAGACGGUGAGCCGGAGGAGUCAGUCAGAGGGGCGAGCAGGAGCGAUUCCGUCGCCAAACAGGUUAUGAGUGCCAGUGAGCCGCCUUAGAUAGAAGCAUCAUCAGCACUUUAUUAAUGAUGGAUAGUGAGAAUAAACCCGAAAAUGACGAGGAUGAAAAGAUAAACAAAGAAGCACAAGACUUGACAAAGCUUUCAUCCCAUAAUGAAGAUGGUGGGCCUGUAUCUGAUGUGAUAGCAAGUUUCCCUGAGAAUUCUAUGGGCAAAAGAGGUUUUUCAGAAUCAUCGAACUUUGAUAGUGUUGUUAUAGGAGAAGACAGAAAUAAACAUGCUUCCAAACGUAGGAGAUUAGAUGAGGCAGAGCCCCUUAAAUCUGGAAAGCAAGGUGUUUGUAGAUUAGAAACUUCUGAGAGCUCAGUCACAGAAGAGGGUAUUGCAUUAGAUGAAACAGGGAAGGAGACCUUUCUGAGUGACUGCACAGUUGGAGGCACUUGUCUCCCAAAUGCCCUCCCCCCUUCUCACAAUUUUAGUACUAUUGAUGUUGUUUCUCUGAAAACAGACACUGCAAAAACAUCUGCUCAGGAAAUGGUUUCCCUUGAUCUGGAAAGAGAAUCUCCUUUCCCCCUGAAAGAAAUUAGUGUUAGUUGUACCAUUGGGAAUGUAGAUACAGUUCUCAAGUGCAGCAUCUGUGGGCAUUUGUUUUCUUCUUGCUCUGACUUGGAAAAACAUGUUGAGUCUCACAUGCAGCAGUCUAAGGAAUAUACUUGUUGUCACUGCAGCCACAAAGCAGAGAGCAGCUCAGCGCUACAUAUGCAUAUCAAACAAGCACAUGGGCCACAGAAGGUCUUUUCUUGUGAUCUUUGUGGUUUUCAGUGUGCAGAAGAAAACCUGUUGAAUGCACAUUAUCUUGGCAAAACACAUCUCCGUCGUCAGAAUCUGGCCGCUCGUGGAGGAUUUGUACAGAUCUUAACAAAACAACCUUUUCCUAAAAAAUCACGUACAAUGGCAACAAAAAAUGUCCACUCAAAACCAAGAACUUCUAAGCCAAUAGCAAAGAAUAGUGAUUCAAAAGGAUUACGAAAUGUGGGAAGCACAUUUAAAGAUUUCAGAGGAAGUAUUUCUAAACAAAGUGGUAGUAGCAGUGAGCUUCUUGUUGAAAUGAUGCCUUCUAGAAAUACUUCGUCACAGGAAGUAGAGAUUGUUGAAGAACAUGUUACUUCCCUUGGUGUAGCUCAGAAUCCUGAAAACCAGAGUAAAAAGCUAGACACCUUAGUAACCUCAGAGGGUCUCUUAGAGAAAUUGGAAUCUACCAAAAAUACCCUUCAGGCAGCACACGGUAUCAGUGUAACCUCGAGGCCAAGACCCGAGCGAAAUAUUCUCGUGUUGGGUAAUAGCUUUCGUCGACGAAGCAGCACUUUCACCUUGAAGGGCCAGGCAAAGAAAAGGUUUAAUCUUUUAGGAAUUAAAAGAGGUACAAGUGAAACUCAGAGGAUGUAUAUGAAACACUUGAGAACACAGAUGAAAACACACGAUGCAGAGUCAGUGCUGAAACACCUGGAAGCGAGCAACAGUGUACAUAGAGUGUGUGUGACUACCUCAGAAACCCAGGAGGUGGAGCAGGGCUGGGGGAGUGCCCGUCCUCCGGACUCCGGGCUGGACUCCCUGACAGUGAAGCCAGCUCCUGACUCUCAGACGUUGUGUGCUUGUACAGACUGUGGGCAAGUAGCUACAAAUAGGACAGAUUUGGAAAUCCAUGUGAAAAGGUGCCAUGCCAGAGAGAUGAAAUUUUACUGCCAUACUUGUGACUUUUCUAGUAUGUCAAGAAGGGACUUAGAUGAACAUUUGCACAGUAACCAGCAUCAGCAAACUCCUUCUGUCCUGAGUUGUCAGUGUUGUUCAUUUAUAUCCUUGGAUGAAAUAAAUCUUAGAGACCACAUGAAGGAAAAGCACAAUAUGCAUUUUCUUUGCACCCCUUGUAAUCUGUUCUUUUUGUCUGAAAAAGACAUGGAAGAACACAAAGCCACCGAGAAGCAUAUUAAUUCAUUGGUUCAACCAAAGACUUCGCAAUCAUCUAACAGUGAUUUGGUUUUACAGACUUUACCUUUAAGUACUUUAGAAUCAGAAAACGCAAAAGAGUCUAUGGAUGACGCAGGAAAAGCAUCUCAGGAAGAACCUGUGAAGUCCAGGGUAAGCCAUGGUAAUGAAGUGAGGCAUUCCAGUAAGCCUCAGUUUCAGUGUAAGAAGUGUUUUUAUAAAACAAGAUCUUCUACUGUUCUCACGAGACAUAUAAAGCUUCGGCAUGGUCAAGACUAUCAUUUUCUUUGUAAAGCUUGUAAUCUUUAUUCAUUGAGCAAAGAAGGAAUGGAGAAACACAUUAAAAGAAGCAAGCAUCUUGAAAAUGCUAAGAAAAAUAAUAUUGGCUUAAGCUUUGAAGAAUGUAUUGAAAGGGUAUGUAUAGGUGCAAAUGAUAAAAAAGAAGAGUUUGAUGUCUCCGGAAAUGAAAGGAUUGAAGGCCAUAUAGGUGUGCAAUUACAAGAGCAUUCCUAUCUUGAGAAGGGCAUGCUGGCACCUGAGGAACUGUCACAGGCUGGUGGUAGCACCAAAGAUGAUGAAUUAGCUUCAACCACUACUCCAAAGAGAGGGAGACCUAAAGGUAACAUCUCACGGACGUGUUCACACUGUGGUCUUUUGGCUUCUAGUAUUACAAACUUGACUGUUCACAUUAGACGAAAACACAGUCACCAAUAUAGUUAUUUAUGCAAAGUGUGUAAGUAUUACACUGUAACUAAGGGAGAUAUGGAACGUCAUUGUGCCACCAAGAAACAUAAAGGACGGGUAGAAAUAGAAGCAAGUGGAAAACACAGUUCAGAUAUCAUUGUUGGCCCUGAAGGGGGUAGUCUUGAAGCUGGUAAAAAGAAUGCUGGCUCAGCAGCGACCAUGUCAGAUGAACAUGCUGACAAACCAGCUGAGUCACCCACCUCCGUUUUAGAAAAGCCCGAUCGUGGAAACUCAGUUGAAGCCGAAGUUGAAAAUGUAUUUCAUUCUCUAGAUGGAGAAGUUAACAGCCAUCUUCUUGAUAAAAAGGAGCAAAUAUCUUUAGAGCCAGAAGACUUCGCCCAGCAGGGGGAUGUGUACUCCCAGAGAGAUGUUACAGGCACAGGUGAGAAUAAGUGUUUGCACUGUGAGUUUAGUGCUCACUCCUCUGCUUCUCUAGAGCUGCAUGUAAAACGGAAACAUACAAAAGAGUUUGAGUUUUAUUGCAUGGCAUGCGAUUACUACGCGGUGACUCGUCGCGAGAUGACCAGGCAUGCAGCAACAGAGAAACACAAAAUGAAAAGGCAGUCUUAUCUCAACUCUGCUAAUGUAGAAGCCGGUUCUGCAGACAUGUCCAAAAACAUCAUUAUGCCUGAAGGAGGGCAUCAACAAAAUUCUGAGGAAUUUCAAAUAAUUUCAGGUCAACCAUCUGAUACUCUUAAAUCUAGAAAUGCUGCAGAUUGCUCUAUUUUGAAUGAGAACACUAAUUUAGAUAUGUCUAAAGUGCUCUGCGCUGCUGACUCUGUAGAAGUUGAGACUAAAGAAGAAUCUAAUUUCAAUGAAGACCAUUCCUUUUGUGAGACUUUCCAACAGGCUCCUGUCAAGGAUAAAGUUAGGAAGCCCGAGGAGAUGAUGUCCCUUACUAUUUCCUCAAACUAUGGCUCCCCAAGCAGAUUUCAAAAUGAAAAUUCCAGAAGCUCUGCCUUAAAUUGUGAGAUAGCAAAGAAAAACCCUGAGAUACCGAAUGAUGCAGGUGAGCUGCGUGUCUAUUGUGAGGGUGAAGGAGGAAGUGCGGGAGACAGUGGAGGUGUUGUCCCCCACGGACACCUGUGCCCUGCAACGCUCGAUGGGGAGCACUCGGCUGAAAGCCCUGCGCUUGUUGUGACAAGAAUAACCAGAGAACAGGGAAAUCUGGAGAGUGGGGGUCAGAACAAAGUUGCACAUGGGCAGGGUUUGGAAGACUUGAAAGGUGUCCAAGAAGAUCCCGUUCUGGAGAAUAAGGAAAUUCUGAUGAAUUCACAACAUGAAACAGAAUUUAUUUUGGAGGAGGACGGCCCAGCUUCUGAUAGCACAGUUGAAAAUAGUGAUGUCUAUGAAACUAUAAUUAGUAUUGAUGAUAAAGGGCAGGCCAUGUACAGUUUUGGCCGAUUUGACUCCUCCAUAGUAAGAAUAAAGAACCCUGAAGAUGGUGAGUUGUUAGACCAGUCUGAAGAGGGCUUGAUAGCAACGGGAGUGAGAAUUAGUGAGCUGCCCUUGAAAGACUGUGCUCAAGGUGUGAAAAAGAAGAAAUCUGAGGGCAGUUCCCUUGGUGAGUCUACACGAAUUCGCUGUGAUGAUUGUGGCUUCUUAGCGGAUGGACUGAGUGGACUGAACGUUCACAUAGCCAUGAAGCAUCCUACAAAAGAGAAGCACUUCCAUUGUUUACUCUGUGGAAAGUCGUUCUAUACUGAAAGCAACCUUCACCAGCAUCUGGCUAGUGCCGGCCACAUGAGAAAUGAGCAGGCCAGUGUGGAAGAGCUUCCGGAGGGAGGGGCCACCUUUAAAUGUGUCAAGUGCACAGAGCCCUUUGAUUCUGAACAGAAUUUAUUUCUACAUAUUAAAGGACAGCAUGAGGAAUUGCUGCGGGAGGUGAAUAAGUAUAUAGUGGAAGACACUGAGCAAAUCAACCGCGAGAGGGAGGAAAACCAGGGAAACGUCUGCAAGUAUUGUGGGAAGAUGUGUCGAAGCAGCAACUCGAUGGCCUUCCUGGCACACAUUCGCACUCAUACAGGAUCAAAACCAUUCAAGUGCAAGAUAUGCCAUUUUGCAACAGCUCAGCUUGGAGAUGCCAGAAACCAUGUGAAAAGGCACCUUGGGAUGAGGGAAUACAAGUGUCAUGUCUGUGGGGUUGCUUUUGUAAUGAAGAAGCACUUAAAUACUCAUCUACUAGGCAAGCAUGGAGUUGGCACCCCAAAAGAAAGGAAAUUUACAUGCCACUUAUGUGAUAGAAGUUUCACAGAGAAGUGGGCCCUGAACAACCACAUGAAACUCCACACGGGAGAAAAGCCGUUUAAAUGUACCUGGCCCACGUGCCAUUACUCAUUCCUCACAGCCUCCGCAAUGAAAGACCACUACAGGACGCACACAGGCGAGAAGUCGUUUCUGUGUGACCUCUGCGGCUUUGCCGGCGGGACCCGCCACGCCCUCACCAAGCAUCGCAGACAGCACACAGGAGAAAAACCUUUCAAAUGCGAUGAGUGUCACUUUGCCUCCACAACUCAAUCCCAUUUGACGCGGCAUAAACGUGUCCACACUGGAGAAAAGCCCUACAGAUGCCCCUGGUGUGACUACAGGUCAAACUGUGCUGAAAAUAUUCGCAAACACAUUCUGCACACUGGCAAACACGAAGGAGUCAAGAUGUACAACUGUCCCAAGUGUGACUACGGCACCAACGUCCCCGUGGAGUUCCGGAACCAUCUGAAGGAACAGCAUCCUGACAUCGAAAACCCGGACCUCGCUUACCUGCAUGCUGGCAUUGUUUCCAAGUCCUACGAGUGCCGUCUGAAGGGACAAGGAGCCACCUUUGUGGAGACAGACAGCCCCUUCACCGCGGCAGCCCUGGCAGAAGAGCCCCUCAUCAAAGAGAAGCCCCUCAGAAGCAGCAGGAGGCCGGCGCCGCCCCCUGAGCAGGUGCAGCAGGUCAUCAUCUUCCAGGGCUACGAUGGGGAGUUUGCCCUGGACCCCUCUGUGGAGGAGACGGCUGCCGCCACGCUGCAGACGCUGGCCAUGGCCGGCCAGGUGGCCCGGGUGGUGCACAUCACGGAGGAUGGCCAGGUCAUCGCCACGAGUCAGAGCGGGGCACAUGUAGGCAGCAUGGUGCCCGGGCCCAUCCUGCCGGAGCAGCUGGCUGAUGGAGCCACCCAGGUGGUCGUCGUGGGGGCCUCCAUGGAAGGCCAUGGCAUGGAUGAGUCCCUCAGUCCAGGUGGCGCUGUGAUACAACAGGUGACCAAGCAGGAGAUUUUAAACCUCUCGGAGGCUGGAGUCGCUGCCCCCGAGGCAUCCUCAGCCCUGGAUGCGUUGCUCUGUGCGGUCACUGAAUUAGGGGAGGUGGAGGGCAGGGCUGGGCUCGAGGAGCAAGGCAGGCCUGGCCCCAAAGACGUACUGAUCCAGCUGCCCGGGCAGGAGGUCUCCCAUGUGGCUGCCGACCCCGAGGCCCCCGAGAUCCAGAUGUUCCCACAGGCCCAGGAGAGCCCAGCCGCCGUGGAGGUGCUCACCCAGGUGGUCCAUCCGGCAGCAGCCAUGGCCUCUCAGGAGCGGGCACAGGUGGCCUUCAAAAAGAUGGUCCAGGGCGUCCUCCAGUUUGCUGUGUGUGACACGGCCGCAGCCGGCCAGUUGGUCAAGGACGGUGUCACCCAGGUGGUGGUGAGCGAGGAGGGUGCUGUCCACAUGGUGGCCGGGGAGGGUGCCCAGAUCAUCAUGCAGGAGGCGCAGGGUGAGCACAUGGAUCUGGUGGAGUCCGACGGGGAGAUCUCGCAGAUCAUCGUGACGGAGGAGCUGGUCCAGGCCAUGGUGCAGGAGUCUAGUGGCGGCUUCUCCGAGGGCGCCACGCACUACAUCGUGACAGAGCUGCCCCCAGGGGUGCAGGACGAGCCGGGCCUGUACUCCCACACGGUGCUGGAGACUGCGGACUCGCAGGAACUCCUGCAGGCCGGGGCCACGCUAGGCACAGAGGCUGGGGCCCCAAGCAGGGCAGAGCAGCUGGCCAGCGUGGUCAUCUACACCCAGGAGGGCUCCCCAGCCGCGGCGGCAAUUCAGAGCCAAAGAGAAAGCAGUGAACUCCAGGAAGCAUGAGACGCGCAGCACCUUUACUCAGCACAGGGCAGGUGUGGGGAGGUCCAGCUUCGGUGGGGGGCUGUGUUCCCUGAGCUUCAUCUGAAACCUUCAAAACCAUGAGGACAAGGCUCCUGUGAGCCCUGGGCAUGCACUCCCAGCGAGAGUCACACUGGCCACCAGCCAGGCGCCCACAGAGGGUACCGAGGGCUGGGCCUCGGGGAGCAGGCUGCCAAGUGCAUGAGGGCCGGGCGCAGGUCGCACAGGGAGCUCCGGUCCACCGGGGGCCCUUUGAUCAAUGGCCCCCCCUUUGUCCUGGCCGUUGUGCUGAAGAGAAGCCAAGUGUUGUUGAUGGUUUUUUUCUCUCACAAGUGUUUUCCCAUUUCAGUUAUCAGAAGGUCAUGGCCGUGGGGAAAGUGGUGAAGAUACCCCUCGUGGCUUGGGGUGCACCUGCUUGUGCAGUCAGCAUGUAGCUGCCUUUGCAUUUCAUUCUCUACUGGGCUAAAAAUUGCAGCUACAAGUGUUACCAUCUUGAAGCAGUCCACUUCCAUUCAAUUUUUUUUUUUUAAUUUUAGAGUAACAGUGUCCCCAGACCAAAGGAAGCCUGCUAGCUCAUUUCAUGUAUAAAUUUCCCAUCUUCAAACAGUUUAGGUGUAUUCGUUGCUCUGGUCACAUUCUGCUUAAAAGAAAUCCUCUUAAGCCUAUGGUUAAGAAAAGCCUUGAAGUUUAUAUUCAGUUAGAAUAUAUGUCGGUGGAGAUAGCCAGUGCUUCUAAUUCUGACUUAGUUUCAUACAAUAAAGCCUAUAUGUGAAACGCACACUCUGGAAGAUAUUGUUCCUAUCAAUAUUUUGCUUUUUAUAACAAGGGUUUGUUCAUGUUGAUAUCAUUUUUGCGGGAUUUCUUCGUGAUUUCUGUCCAUUUGAAAAUGCUGACAUUAAACAUUAACACAUAGAGACCGUGCCCUGUGGCCCUGCCGUGGCUGCUAGCAUGGUCUGUGUUUCCUUGUGGAUUCACCUGUGGCCCUGUCGUGGCUGCCAGCAUGGUCUGUGUUUCCUUGUGGAUUCACCUGUGGCCCUGCCGUGGCUGCCAGCGUGGUCUGUGUUUCCUUGUGGAUUCACCUGUGGCCCUGCCGUGGCUGCCAGCAUGGUCUGUGUUUCCUUGUGGAUUCACCUGUGGCCCUGCCGUGGCCACCAGCAUGGUCUCUGUCCUCGUGGAUUCACUGCAACUGUUGGAUGCGAGUUUCUGUCAUAAUCAUCUGUUUCCUGACACAGUUGCCCUUAUUCUUUUCCAAAACUGUAAAAUAAUCUCCUCCCUCAAAUGCAAAGGUUGUUUUUGUUCUGUUUCUGUUUUCUUUGAAAUAAAAUUAUAGCAUUAAAAGAU